GGCGAUGCUGCAGCUGCGGGACUCGGUGGACUCGGCGGGCACGAGCCCCACGGCGCUGCUGGCGGCCGGCGAGGAGGUCGCGGUGGGCGGCGGCGGCGGCGGCGGCGCGGGCGGGGGACGGCCGGACACGCCGCUGCGACAGACUCUGUGGCCGCUCAUCGUCCACGACCCCACGCGCCGCGCCCGCGUCAAGGAGUACUUCGUGUUCCGGCCCGGCACCAUCGAGCAGGCGGUGGACGAGAUCCGCGUGGUGUUCCGGCCCGUGGAGGACGGCGACAUCCAGGGGGUGUGGCUGCUGACCGAGGUCGACCACUGGAACAACGAGAAGGAGCGGCUGGUGCUCAUCACCGACCAGUCGCUGCUCAUCUGCAAGUACGACUUCAUCAGCCUGCAGUGCCAGCAGGUGGUCCGCGUCGCCCUCAGCGCCGUGGACACCAUCUCCUGCGGCCAGUUCCAGUUCCCCCCGAAGUCGCUCAACAAGCGAGAAGGCUUGGGGGUUCGAAUUCAGUGGGACAAGCAGGGCCGCCCCUCCUUCAUACACAGGUGGAACCCCUGGUCCACCAACGUGCCCUACACCACGUUCAUCGAACACCCGAUGGCCGGUGCUGAUGAGAAGACGGCCUCCCUGUGCCGGUUGGAAGGCUUCAAAUCUCUGCUGAUCCAAGCUGUCAAAAAGGCCCAGAAGGAGAGCCCUCUGCCGGGCCAAGCCAGUGGUGUGCUGGUCUUGGAGCAGCCCCUCCUCAUCGAGACCUACGUGGGGCUGAUGUCCUUCGUCAACAACGAGGCCAAGCUGGGCUACUCUAUGGCCAGAGGCAAGAUAGGGUUCUAGAGGCUGCACCAGGGGGCCUCCCGGAGAACCAGCCCGGUGUGGGCUCGGGUGGCAGACCUCGGCCAGCUCGUGCCGCCGCCAGGGCCGUGCUGCCUCUCUGAGGGGUCUGAGCGAGCUUAGAGUCUAGUCACGGCGUGUGUCCUCGAGCGGUGUGGACACGUGCUCCCGAGCCAGACAGCGGGAACUGAGCGAGGUGCGGGCUGCUCCCCUCCCGGGCGCCUGUUUCUCCUGGAGCAUCUCCGCGCGGCUUCUCCCUCCCACUGCCCUCUCGCCUGGCAAUAAAUGUCCUGUGAUUGCG